AAGCUGGAAAGACAGGCCCACGUCCCACGUCCAGAAACUUUUCUUUUAAAGUUCUAAUUUUGUAAUUAAAGCUAUGGCAUUGUCAAUGAAGAAAGCCACAGGUGGUGAUGAUGAUGUGAAUGUCACAUUUGAAGAUCAGCAGAAGAUCAACAAGUUUGCAAGGAAGAGUAAUAAACUUGGAGAAAUCCAGGAUGAAAUUGCAAAUAAAAAGAAAGAUCUUCAGAACCUGGAGGAUGCGAGCGAUGAAUUGGUCCUUGGAGAUGAUGAUGCUUCCAUACCGUAUCAGAUCGGGGAGGUGUUCUUCAACCAGAGUCUGGAAGAUGCCCAGCAGUCGGUAGAGGAUGCCAAGACGAGGAUGGAGGAGGAGAUCGCUGAAUUAGAGGGCCAAGGAGAUGCUCUGAAGGGAGAACUAGGAGAUCUCAAGGCUCAGCUUUAUGCCAAAUUUGGAAAUAACAUCAAUUUGGAGAUGGAUGAAGAUUGAUGAAGGAUCUUUGAAUUUUUGGACAGUAUUUAGAAACUGAGAGGCAAUGAACUGAGACGGAUACACUACGUGUGGUGUGUUUUUGUGAAUAUGUAUUGCUAUGCCUGGCUUGAUUCAUUUUGAACAGCAGAAGUAUCAGUAAGGCAAUUGUUGUGACAACAUGACUUUUUUAUUUUCUAUUGUUUUGUGUGUGUAUUUAUGUGAAUUAUUAUAGCAUGUUCAUAUCAGUCUCAGAUAUGUGAAGAAUUUUAUUGACAAAACAGAUGGUAUUUCAAAGUAAUGGAAGCAUAAUUCCAGUAAUAUUAAUAUAAAUUGAAUUUGAUAAUUCUGUGAAGGCGGUUGUUCAAGCUUAACGUGUUGUGACUUUUUGGCUUCAGCUUUUACUUCACCCAAUGUGUUACGGUGCGCCAUCUAUCGGUUGUCAGCGGACAGGCCAAUUUUUAACUUUUGGGUCGACAUCACGCGCAGGCGAGGCACAAGCAAAGGGGAAAACGGCCAAACUAUAAUAAAGGGCUCUGAAUCUGAUUGCAUUAAACUUAGGGGAGAUCGCCAUAAACCAACACUUAAAUCAGCAAUGUGUGAUCACCCCUUUGCGAUUAACUUUAUGGUUUAUUGGACACUUUAUUUUUAUUUGCUGAUGAGCCUUGUCACAAUGUAGUUAUGUCUCAUAGUGGCAAUAUUAAUGUAGCCGUAAGUCUUUUAUGAAAUGGGGUUCCAAAUUCAUAUAUGUUGGAUUUGAU